AUGAAUGAAGAAACUCUUCGACAACUUUUAACAGCACAAGAUGGUAUUGAAUUCUCACCAACUGCUGAAAUGAUGAUGAUGAAUUCAGCAGCAGUGAAUGAUAAUGAUUCACUUGAUAUAGAAAUGCCAGGAAUGCUUCAGUCACAACAAGAACGCAUUGUUCGUGCUAAUCCACCUGUUGUUACAUCAACAAGAACUGAGCCUGAUGAUGAUGACUUAUUACUUGAAGAUGAAACAAUUCUUGAACGUAUUAUUGCAUUGAAAGAAAUGUUUCCAGAAAGUAUUCAAAAUGCUGUUGGAACAUUGAAUCGUACAGUAAUCAAUGCAACUAAACUUGCUUAUAAUAAAAGUCGUACAGCAACUUGGUGGUUAACUUCAACUAUGUGUGUACUUGUUUUUCCAAUUCUUAUUCAAAAAGAAUUAUUACAAGUUGCUGAACAAAUCAGUCGUGAACAACGAUCAAUUCUACUUGGUCCACAAGCAGCCACAGGUGCUAUUAGUGGUGGUGCUUUCUAA